CUGGCACACAGCUUUGUUGAUCGAAACCAAGGUUAUGGUGGAGGUUGUUUUGUGUUGCGCUCACGCUGGGCAUUGGGGAGGCUCGGUGUUGGCAGUGUAUGUUGUCAAUCUGAUGAGUAGAGUUGGAAAGCAUGUUUUGUAUGGACUUCUUAUUGCGUAGUGAUUGAUAUGCUUGCGUAGCAUGAUGACGUCGACGGUACUCGCGAGCAGAAUCCCUCUUCGACCUGGGAGCGAGUGUGUAGAGUAUAUCCUCUGCCGCGAUGUAGUCCCGCAGAGGACGUGGAUCGAAAUCGAUCCUUGUUUAGAGUUCCGUGAUAGGGAGGAGUUAUCUGUGCACUUGAGAACGUUGUUUCAUAUUUUGAAAACUUCCAGCCACAGUUCUGUGGUCUAAGUGGUUCUACUCGACAUUGAAAGCGGGUGCACUGCGAUUCAAGAAGAAGAGAGGAUCCUGGUGCAGCGCUGGCUUUUGACAGCACCCGAAGUAGAGGAUAUCUGAGGAUCAUAUUGAAACUUGCGUAUCGACGAUUCGAAGGGUGGUCUGUUGGUGGAGUCUUUUAGAGAAAACUUUGGUGGAGUCUUUUGGACAAAACUCCGGGGGCGUUGUCCGAACCGGAUAAACUAGGAGUUAAUAUUUGGAAGGGGACAAUUAUCUCGCGCACACCGAAGCAUUCUGUUUACUUUUUAACAGGAGAUGUUCGCGUUUUGGGGAUCGUCUCCGUUAAGAGUGUCUCUUGUGUACUCCAUCGCUACUUUGGCGUUUGAGUCCGCAACCUAUCCUGAAACUUGCGCACGGAUCACUUCAGAUCUUUAACCAUGGAGUAUAACCCAUGCAUGGACACACGCGGCUUGAGAUCUAGGGGUCCGGUGCACUGCGCGGUGUUUCCCGGAACGCCUGUUUCUGUGUCACUUGCGAAUUGCGACAUCGAAGCUCUUGUGCAACCGUCACCUCAGCAGGUAGAAGCUUAUGAGCUUUAUCUGCACCUUCCCGAUUUGACCCGGCUAUGGCGGUUGAAGGAGUUUCCCAAUUGGAAAAACGAAAGAUUAGUGAGACCUGCUCUUCACAGCUUAGAGCUUGUGUUCCGCAUGAUCUCAUGUGUUCUAUGCGAUACGCGGCCUUACAUAUAUCGCGACGAAUGGCUUCGGAGAUUGGAGUCACUCAUAAACUCGCAGCUGGAGAUUUUAUCCUGCAUCGUUGAAGGGGACGAUGAGGCGCCCACAUCGACGCUAUCUAACAGUUGCAGCCACGUAGGAACCGAGUCGGUGGUUUGGCACAAGUCUGGGUCGCGGCCAAUUGUUAGUAGAAUCAGCAAAGAAAGUUUGUUACCUCGUCUUGCUUCCUGGAGAACUGCCCAAAAUGUAAGCACUAGGUUGCAUUUUGCUAUUGAAGGUCACAUGGCACGCGCACCAUUCACUCUGGGCCUUGGGGAGCCCAAUCUGUCUGGCAAGCCGGUUUUGGAGUAUGACAAAGUUUGCACACCUCUUGAGGUUUAUGCGUGCAGACAAUCCAUGCCUGGUCAUCCUGAGGAUCACACCCUCUCGACUGUACAUCAAAUCAUGGAAGCGUGGUUGGAAGUGGCUUCUGGUUUGCUACAGAAUGUGGAAACAAUGGUUAAAGAAGGUAACUGUGAAUUGGCCGCCAAGAACUGCUGGAUUGUUGAGCGUGUGUGGAAGCUUCUUAUGUCCACAAUGGACCUGCUCCAAAUCAUGGAUCCAGACGAUUUCAUGCGCUUGAAGGAAGAGCUUGCAAUAUCCCAGGACGAGGCAGCUAUCAGCACUAAACACAUUGGUGGAGGUGCUUACUGUUUGCGAUCCACGAGGCUAAGAAAAAUCACCAAGGGCUGCAAGGACCUUCGGCUUUUGGUCCCCAAGGUGGUUGGAGUAGAAGCCGAUCCCAAAGGCGGUCCAAGGCUUCAAGAGGCAGUAAUGGACCUGCUCCAUUCGCAUGGGAUGAGCACUCAUGUGGCCCCGCCGUUUCGGCGACCCUUGGCAUACCACUCGUCCACAAUCCAUCUCCUCCAAGCGUUUCAGGCGGUUGAGGCAGCAGUUCGGCAAUUCUACUUCUCAUACCAGCAGCUAGUGAUCGCUGUUAUGGGAAGCGGGGAGUACAAGGCAACGGCACAAGCGGAAGUUUCUGCUGCAGAUGCGCUGUCUCAAAUCUACUUUGAGCCGCCGUAUUUCCCCAGCCUCGACGGUGCGAAGACAUUCCUCGGUAGCUAUUGGCAUAACAAUCCGGAACUUGAGGAGGGUGCUAUCAUGAGGCAGCUCAUGGUGGAGAAGACAAGCCGACAAUUGAACACAGGAAACUCUAGUAAGGCUUCCAGUGUUGAUGCAAAUAGUGGCAGUGGGGACAGCAAUAAGGCGGACACAAGUGAAGAGCGAGCACAAAAGCCUUCAAGACCUAUACAAAAGAAGCAGUCUUACGCGACCCUUGCUUACAUGUAUCAAGGAGCAAUGGGGGCUUGAUAUGAUGGUGCCGAAAUAUUUAGCAGUGUGGAAUUGGUGGAGAUCCUCUAAAAGACGGAGGAUGUCCUUUAAAUUAGCCAUCAACACGGGGAGGUGAUAAUCCACCCUGGGAACUACUGCCUCGGCAUUCGGGUCGAGGACGUGGCUGUUUGCUUUGAACUUUCCCUCCCUCCCUCCCGCGCACACACACACGCCCACAGAGUUCUUGUGCGAAAGGGGAUUAUGCCGAUGCUCGGUCCGCACUCCCCGCCUCUGGAAAUCAGUGGACGACAGAUAUCAGUGGAUCAUGGAUUCUAUAGGAUUGCAAUACGAGUGUAGAGAGUUUGUCUUCGGACGUUGACGGCCCUUAAGAGAGCUGGAAUAGGAAGACGGACGUAGUCGAUCAUUGUCACGGGAUUGGUGUGUUUUCGUUCCGUAUGUUUUCUCAUUUUUACUGUGGUAGAGGUGUAAAUUACAUUAUUAUGAGGUGUGGACAUUUUUGUGUAUAUUGGUCCCCCUUCAACCAACCUUGGAUCUACGAGGUAGUUUCAAGUACAGACUUGACUAUGCCUACUAUUUAAUUUUUACUGUUAUUUCUGUUACUGCAAACAAGUGCUCCACGCUGUUUGCAGUUGAUCUUAAUGCUUUUUUUCAUUUAUUGUGGCUCUCA